AUGUUAAAGUCCACUCAGUAUCGUGUGGCAAGUGAAGGUGGGUAGACACUCGCUCCGCCCGGGAUGCAGCUCUUUCUCCGUCUUUCUCACUUCUAACUUUGCCCCGUGACGAGCUGGACAUUGCACGGUGACAGGGACCACCUGUGCGCCCCUGGGGAGGAAAGACACGCGCUCUGGCCCUACCCGGAGACACGCCUUGACCUGAAUUUACGAAGAAGGUUGUGUUUGUGCCGCGGAAAGUUUGUCUUGUCUUGCUGCACGUUCAGGCGACGACUUCACGCCCCAGCAAGGUAGGCAUCCAGGCUCCUCCUUCCUGCUACCUGCUCGUUUAAAGGGACACGGGAGGACAGGUGAGACAGCAAGCAUCAUCAGGGUUUCGAGGCCACGUGAGGCGCCUGACAUGAGCCAGGGUGGGCGAGGCGUCCCCCACAGGGCGUGUGACCGCCGCGCGUCCCGCCUGUGACACGGCGAAGAGCAGAGGCCCCGCCCCGCCAUGACGUGAGCACCCUGCCUGCCUGCACGCCCUGGUCAUGCGCCGCUGAGGACCCCGCCGCGCCCUCAUCCUGCUCCUUCCACUCCCCCCACGCCUCCUCCUCACCCCCUCCGAUAACUUGCCCCCUCGCGCCCCCGCCCACGAACCCUCACCAUGAAGCUCAAGGAGCGGGUCGCCAUCGCCGUCAUGACGGGGCUGGUGCUGCUGACGGUGGUGCUUGUCCUGGACGUUGAGACGCGUAUCACUGCCGGCGGGCGGCCGCAGACCCCGGCCCACGCCCGCGUGCAGUACGCCUUCAGACAACGACACCUGCAGAAGACCAGCAACGGGUCACGCGAGGCCCUACUGGCGGCCGCCGCGUCGGCCCAGCUCAACGGCAUCAAUGACGACCCGGCCAACGCGCCGCCCGCUCCCGCCGGCUCCGUGCUCGGCCUCAACGGCAGCGGCGGGCGUGGCGAACUGAAGGACACGCCCGCCAGCCCGCCGGACCCCUACACCGACCUGCAGAAGGUGGUGGCCAAGGUGGAGAGCCUCAGCAAGAAGAGCCGCCGCCGCCGCAAGCACUGGAACCCCAGCCUCGGGGAGCUGCUCGGCCUCGACCUUGGUGAUCGUCGUCCCUUAGCGCAUUCUCCGGGCGCAGGACGCAAAGUUGAAGCUCAUUCCAUCCCUGUAGAAGAAAGCAACAACGCGACGCUUUGGGACAACUUCCACCUGGGCAUCUCCCGCGACGAGCUCUACGCAUCCGAUGAUCCAACGGUGCCCCGCCUCCUGCAGCACAUCACCUCCAUGCCAUUCACCCACAUCAGCCAAAAGGAGGGAGGCACGCAGCUCAAGCUCAUCAUAGAGUUUGCUGAUGGCGGCCACGCGCUCUUCAAACCCAUGAGGUUCCCUCGUGAGCAGCAGACUAUGAAGAACCACUUUUACUUCACCGACUUCGAAAGACACAACGCUGAAAUUGCCGCCUUCCACCUCGACAGGCUCCUCGGGUUCCGCCGCGCCGUGCCCAUCGUGGGGAGGAACGUCAACAUCACGAGGGAGCUGUACGCGCUGGCCCAGGGCGACCUGCUCAAGACCUUCUUCAUCUCCCCCGACAACAACCUCUGCUUCCACGGCAAGUGCAGCUAUUACUGCGACACCGCCCACGCCAUCUGCGGUUCGCCGGACAUGCUUGAGGGCUCCUUUGCCAUCUUCCUGCCAGGCAAGGAGGCGGCGCCGCGCAAGGUGUGGCGACACCCGUGGAGGCGUAGCUACCACAAGAGGCGUAAGGCUCAGUGGGAAGUCGAUGACGAGUACUGUGAGCUGGUGAAGGAGGUGCACCCCUACAAUGAGGGCCGUCGCCUGCUGGACAUCAUGGACAUGGCCGUGCUGGACUUCCUGAUGGGCAACAUGGACAGGCACCACUAUGAGACCUUCAAAAUGUUUGGCAACAACUCAUCGCCACUGCACUUGGAUCACGGGCGAGGGUUUGGCAAGGCCUUCCAUGACGAGAUCACUAUCCUGGCGCCCAUCUACCAGUGUUGCCUCAUGCGCCAUUCCACCCUCUCCAAUCUCCUCAAGUUCCAAGUGGGUCCAGAGCACCUAAGUGAUGCCAUGAGAUCCUCUAUGAGCAUUGACCCCAUCACCCCCAUCCUCUGGGAGCCCCACAUGAGGGCACUCGACCGCAGACUCAACAUUAUUCUUCAGAUCAUGAGAGAGUGUGUUGCCAAGGCAGUGGACCCUCUGCAAGUUGUCAUUAACGACUUCCACUAAGCAAGAUAAUGAUAUAUGAUGAUUGAAUGUGUUCUUAUGGGCUCAAAUGUACUUACAAUGUGAAUUUCCAUUAUGAGAGAAGUUGAUACUUCACAAUAUACAAGAUAAGGAAAGUGUUCAAGCUUGUGAGGAAAAGAGGAUCCAUUACACUCGGGUCUUGAAAGCCUCCCCCCAAAAAAGUGUUAGCAAAGGAAAAUUUUCUGGUGAGAGAGUGACUUACCUUUCCUAGUCCAGUGUGUGACGUGAAUAAGUGUUAAGGCUGGAGUGAAACCUCCCCGAAACACUGUACAGAAAAAGAGAUAAACUUAAACUCCAAAGCAGUAGAACAGUAUACAGUUGAACUAAAAAAGUAUUGUAAUGAAUUACUGGUGCUACUUUGAAGUGGUUAGAAAAGAAAAAGAACAAACUUAUAAGCAACAGGAGAGAGAGAGAGAGAGAGAGAGUGAGAGUGAGAGUGUGAGAGAUUGAAUGUACAUUUUCUCUAUAUUUAUUUUCUUUAUUUCACUGUUACUUUCAAGAGAAUUAUCUUAGAAUCUAUACCUUUAUUUUUGAGCAUAUUUUAUCACUUGUUGAGGACACAGGGUUUUCGUAUGUCUGCUUCACAACACGACCUUGGCAUCUGCGGCGCCACAAGGAACAAGCCGACUCGUGAAGCCUAUGAAGGAUGUCAACACUUGCCUGCCUCUGCAUCACAUCCAUCCAGCAGCAGGAGGAGACAGCGCCACAUCUUGACCGUGAUAGUUCACCUCAUCUCAUUUUGCAUAAUUAAGUUUUAAACAAUAUUUGUUGACAACGUCAUCUUGCUGCCAAACUGGACCCCAGAAAGCUCAACUGGUCAAGUGAAAAUGUUUUGACUUGCCAAGAAAGUUUGUUAUAAUCUCAUUAAAAAUGUUAUGAUCUGGACUCAAACAGGUAAUAAAUAUUUACCUAAUCUUAAAUAUACAAGAUGUAUCAUACAGCUUGCUCUCAUGCAGUUGUGGUGUUUUCAUCCUUUAGAGAGAUGCCAGGGGAGUGGUGUGACGGCUGGUGUAGGGUGAUAGGGGUGGCGGGUAUUAGCUUAAUGGUUACUUAUUUGUGAUGUUCUUAUGAAAGACUGUAUUUCUCCAAUAAAAUUUCAGCAAACAUACAUAAGUUCUGGAUAGAUUUGACAUACAAAAAAAUUUGAAGUAUAAGGUACUUUAAAAAUUUUGGAUGUUUUUAAUAUUUUGGGGUAACUUAAAAAUACCUUGGUUUAUGUAAAGCCUACUGUGUUGCAGCUGAUUCUCUUAUUAGAUUUUAUAACUUUAUGUCUGCUCCAUACAAAGUCACAUUAUAAAGUGAUAUACAUAAUUGGAAUUUGAGGAGGCAAAUAUUUAUUCACCUGCCCAUAAAAAUCUGAAAUUGGUACAUACAUUCAAGGAAUCUUGUUUCUGCUCUGAAAAUGUCCCUUAAAUUUCUGUAGUCACAUGAUAAUGUGUUUCAGUGGCUAUAAAAUAGGUGACAUUUGAUGCAUGUGAUCCUGAACAUGAUUGUGUACAAGUAGGCCUAGUGAUGCACCAAUCAUAGGGAACAUCACAUGUUUUUACCUCCCUUCUCAAACGUCCUUAGUCUGUAACAUGUUAGAGAAAAGUUUAAAUCCAUUGGACUUUACAUAUAGAAUUAUAUUUAUCAAGACAGUCUAAAAAAAAAUAUAUAUAAGCAUUGGUUAUUGUUUUGUGCACUUGUUUUCAAGUUGUUUUAACUUGCUCACUUUUUUGCACAGGUGUGUUGUAUACUUAAGGUUUCUUUAGGUUAGGCAAGAGUUUAACAUUUAACUAAGAACACCCUCACCACGUUUCAGGAAGUAGGCUACUAUAUUCUGUCAGACUCUGCUGUACAAAGGAGAAAACACCACAGUAUAUGUUUCAUAAGUACUCAACUCCAUUCUCACUAAGCUCUUAUGAUCAUGAAAGUAUUUAUUAUUCUGUACUGUUCUCUUGACACUCUCCUGUUUUCAAAUGAAUAGAGUACUUCAACUCUGUAGUUUAGAGGACACAGGAGUCAGGGCACACUUCUGGUUUCAGACUUCUCUACGAGUGAUAUAUUGAGAACAAAUUAUUGUUAUGUGAGAAGAAGUGAUCAAACAUUCCAGCCUCAUUCCUUUAUUCCGAGAAUAAUUGUUGUUUUAUGAAAAUAUUUAUAUUUCUAUGCCAAGUUAUAAUAGUGUUGUUUAAUUAUUUUAUCUAAUGAUUAUUAUCUCUUUAGUAUUCAUAGCAUGAACACAUAAGACCAAGCACAGUUACAUAAUGUCGAUGGAAUAAGCAGCUAUUAUUAUUAUUAUUAUUAUUAUUAUUAUUAUUAUUAUUAUUAUUAUUAUUAUUAUUAUUAUUAUUAUUAUUACAGCAUCCACAACAAAAAUUCCAAGACCAGGUACACAAUAAAAGUUUUAAAUGAGAAAAUGUAAAAUAGCCAACCAGGUUUGUUGAAGAUUGCUUUCAAGGCCACAUCAUGCUGUAAGGAUUAUAAAUAAAUUUGCUUGCAUUCACAUCAAAAGUAAAGUAUUAUACAUCAUUUAAAAAAAAACUAUUCAUGUUAUUUACUCAAUUCACUCUGAGUCUUUUAGUGUAUCACAGUCACCAAUGCCUUAUUUCAGUCAUAACACUUGUUUCAUCACAGUUUAACUUCAUCCUUUAAGCUGUAUUAACAUGUAUGCAUGAACUGUCAGGCUCAAGCUGUCUCAUCAAAGGUACAUGAAUACUUUUGGUGAUCAAGUAUCCCAGCAUUGCUCAGGAACAAGAGUCAUUCCCACUGAACAGAAAAUUAAUUGCCAAUCACCUGUAGAGAAUCUUUAUCGUAUCACUGGAGGUUGGUCAGUUAGUGGGAGAUUUGGCCGAGUCCAAUGAAGUAUUAAAAUUAAAGAAAAAGGAAUGAAAGAUGCUGGAUGCAAUUGCUGAACUCUGAAUUAUGUAAGUUUUGAUAAAUAAGUUGCCUAUUGCUGAAUACCUGCAAUUUUAUAUAAAGGGUGAAUGUUUUGUUUUUAUUGGAGGUUUGUGUGGAUUCAUAUAAUGUGAGAAGAGUCCAGACGUGUGAAUGGUGUAGAGCUUGUGCCACAUCAUGAGGAUGCCCAAAGCUGUCUACGGAGGCAACAGCAGGCGGGCCAGCCUCCCCCACCUCCAGUUUUGGGUGGAAAAAUGUAGCUAUAUUGCAUAUAGUAUAUUUUGUGAUAUGGCAAUAUUGAAGUAGGAUUAAGAAUAAUAUUUUCGUAGUCAAUUAGUACCAUAUUUCUUGUAUUUUUAUUGAAAACUUAGUACAUCAGAAGUGCUGUUGACUAGAGCAAUUAUUUUUGUGUUGAAAUCACCUAUUUUGCCUCAUGCUUAACAUUGUGGCAGAAGUAUUCCUUGUAUACUCUGCACCUUUUCCCCAACAACGGCUGUGAUUCAACUUGCUUAACCUUUUGCUGAAAAAAAUAGGUAAUUAUCCUUAUGAGGAUGUCAACCCACAAACUCAUUAAUGACAGAACCUAUUUGAGGUGUCUAGUUUCUAUAACAUGUUAGUUUUCAGUGUAAUCUCUUUUCUGUAAUUAGUUAUGUCAAGUGAUCUCAGAUGAGAUUUGAGUUGAGAUUUUGGGGCCAUGGUGAAUUAUUAUGAAAUCUUCUUGUUAUAGUAAUCUGAAGACACUAGACAUUCCUCUCGCCUCUUGUACAUCAGCUUUGUCAGUCUUCCACUAUUGUCAUUUCUGAUAAACGAAUGGUUAUAAAAUGAAAAGCAUUCAUUCAAGUGCAAUAUGAUGAACAGUUCUAGUGUAAUGAUCAUUAUUUUCAUCUGAAAAUCGUUCAGGUGAGCAAUGCUUCAAACAUGUGCCCCCAGAACAGGAUGCCUAAGCAUUUAUGUAAGAUCUAUUAAAUGCAGCAGUAUUUUAUAUGUUUUAAGGUCCAGUCUGCUAGGAAGAUUAUUUGUGACGAUGAAAUGUGUUAUACCAUAGAAGCUGAAGGACAGCAUGAUGUAAAGCAAAAUCUGUAGACAUGUUUCUGUCAAUUAUUCUACAAUAGUAGCUGUUAUACAAUAAUUGUCUUAUGCUUUGGUAAAAAGAAAAAGUUCCUGCCCACAUUUGUACUCUGGUGUAAAUAGCUUUUAUAGAUGGUACAGUAUUUACUCUUUAUUUUGUAAAGAUGCAGAUAUUAGUGUGCAGUGUUGUAAGUAUUGUGACCAACUCCUGCCCAGAUUUUAAUUUAUUCAAAGAAAAAUAUCUUGAAAAAGUUUUGAAAAUGACAAGGCCAUUGAAUGAUAGAAUGUAGCUCAAUAAUCUUGACCAAUGAACUAGGCAUCAGCCAAAGCUAAGAGGAAAAAUAAUGAUGUACGUUAUAGAUGUGAGCAAAAGUUAGUGAUUAUUUCUGCCUAAAUUCUGACGCAGUCAGGACAACACCUAGGAUAUUAUUUAGGGAGAUUUAUAGGAAGUCUGUAAGUGUAUUUGCUUUUUUAUAUGUGAUGGCAGUUUAACUGGCUUUUUAUGAGGGGAUGUAUGGACCAAGAACUUUGUGCUAUGCACAGAAUACAUAGGCCUACAUGUCACUUCUGGUGACAGGCAGGAUAGAAUUUUAAGGCCUCAUGAUCAUGAGUAGCAGAUGGUCUGUAUAAUACAAGCCUACAGUAGGCAAAGAAGUAAGGUAUUGUGCGCUACACGUGACACGUAGCAUGUGCUUACCGUCACCUGAAUGGUGCUCCGGAGAUGAUAUUGCUUCAUACACAAUUUUAUACCCAGCCAGAUUUUUUUUUUUUUAUUUAUUUAUUAUUUUUUUUCCAACGAGAAGCAAGUGUUGCCCUAGAACUGGCCGAAGGAGGGGCUGGGUGCUGCUGCUUGUGGUUGCUCUAGUCUCAUGUGUGGUUGUGAAGUGAAACAGAUGUACCAGAGGCAAAUAUAUUGGUUAAAACAAA